AUAUAGAAGCAGAAUGGAUUUAAACUUUACGCUUUCGGGGAGCGACUUGAUCGGCUUUGGCUCCUUGGCGCAGAAACUUUUUGGGAAUAAUUCUGUGUUUCCGUUUGAUAACAGCACCGCCGCUACCAAAAGUGAUGAAGAAGACUUGGAAGUUAAUACUGACGUGUACUCAAAAGUCACAGUCACUGUCAUUUACGUGGCUCUGUUCGCCAUAGGCUCCCUAGGCAACUCCAUCACCCUCUAUACCCUGAUUACCAAAAAGACACUCCAGAACCUGCAGAGCACCGUUCACUACCACCUGGCCAGCCUCGCCGUGUCCGACCUGCUCAUCCUCAUCCUUUCCAUGCCCAUAGAGCUCUACAACUUUAUCUGGUUCCAUCACCCGUGGGUGUUCGGGGACGCCGUGUGCAGGGGUUACUACUUCCUCCGGGACAGCUGCUCUUAUGCCACCGCGCUUAAUAUCGCCAGCUUGAGUGUCGAGCGCUACAUGGCCAUCUGCCACCCGUUCAAAGCAAAGAGCAUCAUGUCCCGCAGCCGCACGAAGAAACUCAUUAGCGCCAUGUGGCUCGCAUCCUUCGCGCUCGCGACGCCGAUGCCCUUCAUCAUGGGCCAGGUGACGCGUAAAGGCGAGAAGAUAUGCACCGCUGUGGUCUCUCCAGUAACCAUGAAGACUGUUCUCCAGAUAAAUGCAUUCCUGUCCUUUGUCGUACCCAUGGUGGCCAUAUCUGUGCUGAACGGGGUCAUAGCCAAUCAGCUGUUGCGGAUGUUUCGCGAGGCCGAGCAAGACAACCGUGUCUGCAUGAUCGGAGGAAAUCCCACUGUGCUGAAUGCCACUGUGGAGUCCAACCGUGCUCAGUCACUACGCCACGGAGUUCUUGUUCUCCGAGCCGUGGUCAUAGCCUUUGUGGUCUGCUGGCUGCCCUAUCACGCUCGCCGCCUCAUGUUUUGCUACGUCUCUGACUGGUCAGAUGACUUAUACGACUUCUACCACUAUUUCUACAUGCUGACCAAUGUCCUGUUCUACGUGAGCUCAGCCAUAAACCCAGUCCUCUACAACCUGGUAUCAGCCACCUACCGUCAGAUCUUCUUCUCCACGUUGCGCUACUUCUGCAUGCCCUGCCGCCACACACCCAGGAGGCAACCCUACCCCCUCAACCGCCACUCCAUCAGCAUCUCCAGCAGCCACACACUCUCCACUAACAUCAUUAAAGAGACAGCAUACUGA